GCAUUAUCAUCAUCAUGCAAUUAGGAACUCCAUAGUAAAAACAAGAAACAAAACAAAAAACCCCCGUCUCGAUCCAUCCUCGGCUUCUCGCUAAGGGGCGACUAUUGACCGGGGAAGAUGUAUGUAAGUCGCCGAUGCCUGUCUACAUACACUACCUAUACCUACCUAAUAUAUGCAGACUACAUGCUAUAGACCCGCCGCUACCUAGCUGCGGGUUUCCAAUACGUCAGUUGUCUUGUCUGCUAUCACAUCAUCAUCAUCAUCAUCACAUCGCUUGCGCGCAAAUCACAGACAGACACUUACUUAUAUACUCGCGCGAACGCAAAUCGAUGUUAAGCGCUGGAAGAGCGGGAAAAAUAAAAUAACAGAAAAAGAAGAGAGACUAGAUACCGAUCUGGAUAGGCUGGCAGGCUGGUCAAAGAUGGUAGCGGAUGCGGACGGCAAGACCUCCCCGGUCUUGUCCCUAGUCGCCGGCGGCAUCGCGGGGGGUGUCGAGUCGGCCUGCACAUACCCCUUCGAGUUCGCAAAGACCCGCGUGCAGCUAUACGGCCAUGAGGGCAUCAGAAACCCGUUCAUGGUCGUUGCUAAGGUGGCUCGGGACGAGGGCCUGCGCGCGCUGUAUAAAGGCUGCUCGACUAUGAUAGUGGGCUCCAUCGGCAAAGACGCAGUGCGCUUCGUCGCCUUCGACAGCAUCCGGUCUCUCUUCGAAGACCCGGAGACGCACCGGUCCACCACAGCGCAAUCCAUCGCGGCCGGCAUGCUAACCGGCAUCGUAGCCUCGACCGCCAUCGUCACGCCCUCGGAGCGCAUAAAAACCGCUCUGAUAGACGACGCUCGGACGACACAGCGCUUCCGGUCGCCAGCGCAUUGCAUCGCGUCCCUAUGGCGAGAGCAAGGCCCCGUGCGUGCCCUAUACAGCGGGUACACCACCACGACGCUCAAGCAAGUCGGCACAACCGGGUUCCGGCUAGGCUCGUACGCCGCGCUGAAGGACUGGGAGCGCGGCCACGGGAUCCAGGUCGAUAGCGCGGUCGCUAGUUUUGCGAACGGCGCGUUUGCUGGCACGCUGACUACGCUUGCCACGCAGCCUUUCGAUACCGUGAAGACGAAAGCGCAGCAGGCACGUGCGGUGCGCACAAUGGAUUGCGUGCGUGCUAUUUAUGCCGAAGAUGGCGUUAGGGGGUUUUGGCGUGGGACUGUGAUGAGGCUUGGGCGCACUGUUAUGGCGGGUGGGAUAUUGUUUACGGCGAAUGAGCAAGCGCUUAAGUUGUUGAAGAAUGUGUUUGGGUAACUUCAAACUCCUAGAUGUGUCUAGAUUAGUGUCGUGUUCCAUGUAUACCUACCUCUCUAUAGCGUAGAUUGCUUGGUGUUAUAUAACCUCCAGUCAUAGAUAUCAAGGAUAGAUAUAGACUUAGAUAGGCGAAUAAAGAUAGCCAAAGAGAGGUCCUGGUCA